AAGAAGAAGAGACCUUGGUGAGUGGAGCUCAGCAGUCUAUGGAGGAGGACGUUCCCCUCUCGUAUUCCCGGGAUUCCAAACAAGAAUAUCACAGCUAUACACACCAUGAUCAGGGUGAAGAAUCGAAAGACAUCAAAGCUGAGAUUAAAGAGGAAGAAGAAGAGAUGUUGGUGAGUGGAGAUCAGAAGUCUAUGGAGGAGGGGGAGAUGAUUAUGGAAUGUAAACAGGAGGAAUCUUCUCUACAUAUGGACACAAAUGGAUGCCGUGUCAGGAAUUCCUCAGAGAGAUAUCCUAUAUCAUCUGCAGAUUGGAACUCAAAAGAUGACGGAAUAAGACCGACUUCACCAGAAGUAAAUCCCAAUGCACAGAAUAUCCCCAGACCUUACCAUUCAUCUACAUCAAUGGAUGUCUCUAAUCCUGAGGGAUCUUCUGAUCAAUCACAAACUAUUACUUCAGACGUCCAGCUUAGUUCUCACAGUGCAGAAACAUCUACAGAUCCAUCUAAUCCCGGGAAGUCCUCUUUGACCCAGGAAAUGGUUCACGCCAGUGAGAAUCCAGUCUCAUGUUUGGGGUGUGGGGCUUCUUUCAAAACAAAAUCUGAACUUGUUGUACAUCUCAGGUCUCACACCAGCGUGACCUUUUCAUGUUCAGAGUGCGGGAAAUCUUUCACUGAGAAAAGAGAACUUCUUAUACACCAGAAAACUCACAAAACUGAGAAUCCUUAUCAAUGUUCAGAAUGUGGGAAAUGUUUCCAUGAGGAAAAAAGACUUCUGUCACACCAGAGAACGCACACGGGUGAUCGUCCUUAUUCAUGCUCAGAGUGCGAGAAAUGUUUCACUGAGAAAAGCUCACUUCUAUCCCACCAGAGAACUCACACGGGCGAGCGUCCAUUUUCGUGCUCAGAGUGUGGGAAAUGUUUCACUCAGCAAGGGAGCCUUUUUAGACACCAAAGAAGGCACAAAAGUGAGUUGCCUUUCUCUUGUUCAGAGUGCGGGAAAUUUUUCCUUGAGAAAGCACAGCUGGAUGGACAUCAGAGAAGUCACACAGGCGAUCGCCCUUUUUCUUGUCAAGAAUGCGGGAAGGGUUUCACUCAGAAAGCCAAUCUUCUUGCACACCAGAGAAUUCACACGGGGGAGCGCCCUUUCGCGUGUUCAGAGUGCGGGAAAUGUUUCACUGAGAAAGGAGCACUUCUUGUACACCAACGGAGACACACGGGCGAACUUCCUUUUUCGUGUUCAGAGUGCGGGAAAUCUUUUCUGCAGAAAGGAAACCUUCUUAAUCAUCAGAAGACUCACAAUCAGGAGGGCCCUUUUCUAUGUUCUGAGUGUGGGAAAAAUUUCACAUAUAAAGGAAAUCUAAUUAGACAUCAGAGUACACACACCUGAGGACAUGUUGACACAUAUAUGGCUGCGAUUAGCAGUUUGAUCUGUUUAGUUUACUAGACUUCAGUGAUGAAUGAACACAGAAGCAAUCUGUACCAAUCACACUCUGUGUUCUUUUAGGAAAGGAAGGGGCUGGUAAAUAGGACAUAUACAGUAUGACCUGUAAAUGGUUAGUGUCCCGCUCAGGUUCAGUAGAAGGGGGUAUGCAAACCAGUGCGUCCACGACUGCUGCUCAGAGUGCCAGCAA